AUGAGACUUAUAAUACUCAAAGCAGAGACAGCUCUGCUGGCCUUUUCGCCAGCAUCUGCCUCGCCCACUGAUCCCUGGGACGCGCUGGCUGGGAAAGCACUUCACAAUCAAGCGCAGUAUCAUUCGUCUCACAAGGGGCAUGGCUCCUGUAACCCGAAGACGGUGUCGGUUCGUCGCGAGUGGGGAUCCCUAUCCAAGCGCGAACGAAAAGACUACAUCUCCGCCGUCAACUGUCUCCACUCGAAGCCGUCCAAAUCCGACCCCUCGUUCGCCCCCGGCGCGCGCAAUCGCUACGACGACUUUGUCGCCGUGCAUAUCAACCAGACGAUCUAUAUCCAUGCCACCGGCUCUUUCCUCACCUGGCACCGCUACUUCACCUGGGCCUACGAGCAAGCCCUGCGUAACGAGUGCGGCUACAAAGGGGCUCAACCCUACUACGCCUGGAACAAAUACGCCGCCGACCCUCUUUCUUCUCCCAUGUUUGAUGGCUCCGAGUACAGCAUGUCUGGCGAUGGGUCCUUCGUCGAGCAUGAGGGUCCCGAGGCGGCCCCGGGUAUUAUCCUGAAGCCUGGGAAGGGAGGUGGUUGUAUUACCUCUGGGCCGUUUAAGAACUGGAAAGUCAACCUCGGCCCCGUCCUCCCCAGCCUGAAAAUCCCCGGCCUGGAACCCCCGCAGGACGACCCCACCCACGGCCUGGGCUACAACCCGCGCUGUCUGCGUCGUGAUAUCUCCACGGACGCCUCCAGAUGGACCGCGACCGAGCAUGUCAUCGACCUGAUUAAGAAUUAUCCUACUAUCGGGCAAUUCCAGGACCGUAUGCAGGGCGACUUUCCCAAGGGCUAUCUGGGUAUUCAUUCCGGAGGGCAUUAUACGAUUGGGGGGGAUCCUGGUGGUGACUUCGCCGUCUCCCCCGGCGACCCCGCCUUCUUCCUCCACCACGCAGCCAUCGACCGCGCCUUCUGGACAUGGCAGAAUCUGGACCCGUCGAAGCGGACGUUCGUCGCUGCUGGUCCGUCCAUCAUGCCUGGAAUUGGCGUUGACGCGCCGAAUGUGACGCUCGACUAUCCCAUCGAUCUGUCGAGUAUGUUGGCUGCGCCGAAGACGAUUCGCGAGUUGUCGGAUACAGCUGCUGGGCCGUUUUGUUAUGUUUAUCUGUGA